AGACGAGGCAAAAUCUCGCGCAGCCAUGACUGAGGCGGCCGCUGCACCGGAUUGGCAUAUAGGGACUGACCUCCAGCAGCAGGCCCAGAUCCAGUCUGCAGAGAUUUCCCUUUUAGCUAUCCUAACUGCUGUUCAGGCAGUGGAGAAGAAAACAGAGUCCCAAGCUGUUCACCUUCAAAACUUGGAAGUACGAACAGGGUCAGCUGAGAAGAAGCUGGCUGACUUCGAGAAGACAGCCAUGGAGCUCAGCAGUCAGCUGGAGGGCAAGUGGGCCGUGGUGGGGACCCUGCUGCAGGAGUAUGGGCUGCUGCAGCGGCGGCUGGAGAACCUGGAGAAUCAGUUGCAAAACCGAAACCCCUGGGUCUUGAGGCUUCCCCCCAGCAGCAAGGAUGAAGCACCCAAGGUUUCUGUGACUACUGAGGAGUUGGCUGGGGGUUUCCCUGAGCAACAGGAACGUAGCCCUGAAGACUGGCAGAAGGAGCUCUGCAAGCACAUAGCAAAGGAAAGGCGUGAGGUGCUGGGCUCUCUGGAAACGGGGCAGCUGGAAUCUGCCCAGAGUGUUCUUCCCUGGAUCAAGCAAGAGGAAGAGGCAUGUGAGAAGAGCCUGCAGGAGACAACCAGUGCAUCCCUAUGCUCAGAAACAUGGCUGGCUAACAAGAAAAGGACCCUGGAGGGGAUGACCAUGGCACCAGAGCCAUCUUGGGGAACUGAAGGGGGACCUGGCAAGGAGGAUUUUGAGCAGGGAACCUGUGGCGAUCUUCUUCCUGUUUGCAGAGAGAGAGGGGCAGCCUCCCUCCCUCGAGGCUCUCAGAGUCAGCCUGUGGCAGCUGCGGAGGGCACUGAGCACGGCCAGAGCUUCAGUUUCAGAGAGCGCACACAGCAUGAGUUCUCACACCAUGGAUCUCAGCCCAGUCUGCAGUGUCCCCAAAGUGCUACACAGCAGGUCACUCUCACCAGGAAUCGUCGUGCACCCACAGCCCAGCGUGCCUACACCUGUGUCCAGUGUGGCAAGAGCUUUGUCCACCAGUCAACACUUACCACACACUACCGCACACAUACCGGGGAAAAACCUUACAAAUGUGCCGAAUGUGAGAAGCGGUUUGGCCGCCUGUCUACACUGCUGGAGCAUCAGCGUACCCACACUGGAGAGCGGCCUUUCCCCUGUGCACAGUGUGGCCGUCGUUUUGGGCGCCUAUCUACUCUGGUGGAACACAGGCGCACACACACAGGUGAGAAGCCAUUUCCAUGUACCCAGUGUGACAAACGUUUCACACGGCUGGCCAACUUGACAGUGCACCAGAGUGUGCACUCUGGUGAGCAUGCGUUCCAGUGUGCCCAGUGUGGCUCGUGCUUCACCCACAAGCCCAGUUUCCUGCGACACCUGCGCAGCCACUCUCAGGAGAAGCGCUUUACCUGUGGCCAGUGUGGCAAGAGCUUCACCUGUCGCUCCUGGCUGGUACGCCAUCAGAGCACUCAUGCACACUCGGCAUCCUCUGCUUAUGUGGCUUCUGAGAGGAGCUCACCAAGUCAUGUGUCACCUACAGGUCUCUUUAAAGGUGCAGCCAGGGGAAAGUUCUCUACUGACCCUUCUGUCUCACCCAGAUCCAAGGACACUAGAGUCAGUCAGGACCACAAGUCAUAUGGCGGAGGUCAGCAGCUCAGCGACCAUGGUCAGGAAAGUCUAGUGGGGUCUCUGCAUAGUUGUCUGUCUGUAAAGAUGGAGAAUGCAGGGUAGCACCCAGAGAGCUACAUAACAUGGCUACUAGGAAACAGGCUUCUGGGUCCCCAUGUAUCCAAGCUGCUUUUCCUGGGUCAGAUGUGUGGUGCCUGCCAUCUGCUAGGCUUCCCAGGCCUAGGUUCUCUCCCGUGGACUGCAUUGGCUAAGUGCCCCUGGGAUUCUUGCUGCAGGGGAACUUGAUGCACACAGAAAAUGUUGCAGAAACAAGCAGCCCACUGCACAGCCACUCUCAGGAGAAGCGCAGGGGCUCCAUCACCAUCUUAGCAAUUUAGGCGGCAUCGACAGGCCGGUUAGGAAUGUUGCAAUUUUGAAGAGUUGAGUUGCUCAGUCAGAAGCUGAACAACUCAAAACUCAAACUAGUUUCCAAGAUUUCCCUAGGACAGAACUGAGAAUGUGACUCGAUACAGUGUUCACUGAGCAUGGAUGGAUGGAGCCACGGUUAGAUUCCCAGCAUCUAAUUACAGCCAUGGUGGUACAUGCCUGUAAUCCUUGCAUUUGAGUAGAGGCAGGAGGAACAGAAGUUCAGGGUCAUGUUUGGCUGCAUGAAACCCUGUUUCAAGGAACCAAAAAAUAUCUUUAGGAGUUGGAAGUCUGAGUUGUCAGAAUCCAUCUCUCUCAGCAUUGGGCACAUACUUCUAUAACCACAUGUUUGUUUCCAUGGACUCCCACUGAAGGGGCUGGGACUGUUGGUGUGAUUGUUCCCACUUUGGGGGAAUGUGGGAAAACAGGCCUAUGCUGCUUUCUUCUUGGCCUGGGUUUUACUGAAGGUCUGAUUUCCCUUACACACACACACUCUCUCUCUCUCUCUCUCUC